GAAACAGUGACAGACGACGCCAGCCAACCAGAUAUCCGAUCCCUUCUUUGCUACUGCUCUUCCGCCCAUGUUGUGCUUCCAUGAUUCAUAUACAUGAUAAUCAAACCCAGCCCGCGUCUCCGUCAUCUAAAUUUCUUGUUCAGCAGUUUCUCACGCUUCCCAUUAUCGGGCGGAAGAGGAGGCGACGGGAGUAACUGACGGGUGGCGAGUGUUCACCUUUCCCUGCAACUUUCCACUUGCAACUCCCGGUCUUUACACUACCUAGACUAGGACUUAGCCAGGCACCAGGAUAGGAUAGUCUAUCUCUAUUUGCUUCUCCUCCUUCAUAUUAUAUCCAUCAAGCAUGAAAGGCGCAUCACGUUCGCGAACCGUCCAGACCUCAUCCACCUGCUCAGACUACACCAGGAUUGCCUCACUUCUCCCAGUAGUAGUCCUAUCCAUCCAUCCAAUCUUCACUCAUUCAUUCACCACGGCAUCCCCGGCCCCAAGUCUACCUAGUCAUCGGUUCAAGACAUUGCCUAGUUUCGUCUCGCAACGUUACCCAGUUGAACUAGAGACACAAAUAGUACCACCAACCUCCACGUUAUUUCGCUUUACCUCACAGGCCUUCAGUUCUCUCUCUCUCUCUCUCGCAACCCACCACCCCACCUCCUUGAGCCGCCCUCCCGAAGAAUCCAUGGCCUUUCAACAAACUCCUGUUGAAGGAUGGAUAUCAUUUCGCUCCUUGAAUUCCGGGUUUUCAAUCUUGAAUUCCGUCUUACCGUUGUCCCCCGGCCGUGCUUCCCGUCUGUCUGCCUGCCUAGGGACCCAUCUCUUCUUUAGUGUAGUGUUGACCUUUUUCUUUUUUUGUCCGAUGAUCGUUCUUUGGAUGCAAUCCAUCAACGUUUCUUGAUAUAUAGUGUAUGUACCUGUGCAACCAGUUACCCCCCUCCACGCAAACAUGUGUGCUUGCUUCUUCGUUGUUGUUGUUGCUGCUGCUGCCGCCACAUAGCGAGCAACUCCUGUCUGACCGUUGG